CUGAAAUAUCGAAUCCUUGCCCUAACUCAGACGCUCAGUCCCUCCAAGUCAAGAAAAUCUCAAAGAAACUUCAGCUCAGUUUCCAUCUCCACAUCCCAAGAGAAACGCAACGCUGUUUGAUUCUUCCACUACAAGAUACAUAUCAAACUCCACUCGCAUCUCGACAAGUUUCAAUCUCGCAUCGGAUCCACGACGAUCUGCAACUUCCGCCGUGAUCCAUCAAUGGCGAAACGCUGAAUCUUGUAACUCGGGUCAGCACCGAUUUGUUCUAUCUGCAAUGGGUCAUCGAGAUAACGGCAAGUUACUUUUGCUCUAUCUGCUUCUUGUGUUGUCUUAUGUAUCUGGGUUUUGGGUGUUCGGGAACUGUCAUCAUGUGCCCGCUCCGGACGAGCAUGAGCGGGUAAAUUACGUCGCAGUCGAUGCUGAAGGUGUUGAUUUGCGCCGUGAACAGCAUCUUUUGUUGCAGAGGCUCGAGGAAUUAGUGAGGAAUCUUAGCGAGGUAGUUUCUAGAUUAGAAUCGCGAGGAGCUUCGGCGCCGAGCGGGGAUGUUUCGGAGAGUCCGAAACUGUUGAAUAAGGAUAGUGUUGAGAAAGGAGGCUAUAGUGAUAAGAAAGUUAGCGGAGAAGUUGAGGAAAGGGAUGGUUUCGGGAGCAAUGCUCAAGAUGGGGAGAGAGCAAGGCGGGCUUCUGUUACUAAGUAUAGUCCUUUUUGGUCUGAGAAAUUCCAGUUUGUGUCUGCGGUGAAAUUGGAUCUCGAAGCUACGUGCAUCAAUGUCUUGCCUUAUCGAGAUUAUGAAGGGCUUAGCAAGUAUGUCACCGUUGGGGAUGAGAAGGGGAGGGUCUAUGUGAUCUCGAGAAAUGGGGAUGUUCUGGUUGAGUUUGACACGAUGUUGGAAUCGCCAGUUACGGCCAUGGUGUCUUAUAUGUCGGUUUAUAAAAAUGAGAGUGUCUUGGUGACGGGGCAUCAGAGUGGUGUGAUCUCGGUGCAUAAGGUAUGGGAGGGAUCAAAUGGUGAAGAAUGGAGCCCGCUUUUUAUGAAAACGGUUGGUAAAUUCGCUUCACAUGGAAAUUCUGAGCAUGAGGGAUCAGCGGUUAGCAUAUUGGAAGUACAUCAUGUUGGGAGAAUGAGAUAUAUUAUAUCAACAGAUAUUAGUGGAAAGAUUUCUGUCCUCAAAGAAGAUGGGACGGCGUAUGGUUCCGUGAUGCCUUCAAGUAGGCCGCUUGCGUUUUUAAAGCAGAGGCUUCUGUUCUUGACCGAAACAGGGGCUGGGUCAUUGGAUUUGAGGAGCAUGAGACUCCGAGAAUUUGAAUGUGAAGGGUUGAAUCAUUCCCUAGCGAGGUCCUACGUUUUCGAUGCCACUGAGCGGUCUAAAGCAUAUGGAUAUACAUCAGAGGGUGAUCUCAUUCACAUGUCGCUGUUGGGGGAUGUCGUGAACUUCAAAUGCCGGGUCAGAUACAAGAAGAAGUUUGAGAUGGAAGAGCCUCUUGCUUUAGAGACAAUUAAGGGUUACUUGCUUGUUGUUAACCGAGAGAAAGUUUUUGUCUACAAUGUAUCAUCCCACCAUUAUGUUAGAGUCGGUGUGCCUCGGCUUCUUUUCUCUGCUUACCUGGACGAGAUAAGAUCUUCUUUCUUGAAUCACCCAAUGAACGAUGUAGGUGACGCAAGGAAAACAACAGCACCUUUGGUUGCUUGCGAUCGGGAAAAGCUGGUUGUUCUUGGACUUGGCAGUGGCUUUGUUGGGAUGUACCGCUCUAAUCUUCCAAUUUUCAAGGGCGAGUUCAAUACAAUGUUCUGGACGAGUCCUGUGCUGUUCUUCAUACUCUUCUUGUUUGGAGCAUGGCAUUUCUUUGCCAAGAAAAAGGAGGCGCUCACAUCAUGGGGACCUGACGAUCCUUUUAGCUCCACAUCUGCCACAACUGGCGCUCCAUUAGGAGCUACUUCUGGAGAUCGGUCUUUCGUUGAGUCUUCCUCUAGAAGUGAUCUAAUGGAUAUGCGAGGUAGUGGCCUGAGACCGUCGCAAAGAUAUGGCUCUCCUUCCCGCUAUCCUUCUGGAGCGACCAGUUCAUUUAGACCGAGUUCGGCCGAUCACAACUCUAGACCUCCUGUUGAUCCAAACUACAGGACUUCAGAGCUAAAAUUUAGAGGGUCCCCUAUGGAGCCUUCCGGUUUUGCCAAAAGAAGGGAGAACCUAUUUGUAAACAGCCAAGCUGGGGAUGAUAAUAACUGAUACAUAAACACAGGUCGUAUACUUUCUUGGAGAGUCGUGGUUCUCUCAUAUCCUAUCAAAAUCAAACAUUUGAGCUAAGAGAAGCUGCCUGGACCAUCAGUUGCUGAGACUUUGUUACUCUGACACACCAAAAAGCAAAAUAACGGAGCAUUUGAAGAAUCUUUUGUACUAUGUCUUCAUCUAUGAACACAGUGGUAGUGAGUUUCUUUGAGCCUAAAGCCAUCUUUCUUGAAUGUUUCUUUCUCUGUCUGGUGGAAGAGUAAAAGAUUUCAUCACAGACUCCAUCUUGGGUGUGUAUGAAAUGGCAUACUUGAACAGUGUGAUUCAUUGGGAUGAUUUGGAAAGAAGGAAACGAAUACACUAA